UCCCCUGAAUCAGAUAGGAACCGCCGCGUCGGUGAUCCGCCCGCAAUGUCGUUCGCUCCUUCGGCAGGCUCGAUAAGCACCAUCAGCAGCCUCUGAUAGUCCGGUUUGAAGCCGACCAGCGGAAGCCAAUACUAAAGCGGAAGUCGCAGCUCGACACCCGCAUUUCGUUCCAAGACCCGCAGCGUUUCCCGCCUGAGAAACAACGCGUCGCGGAUCGCUUGCCGAGGCUGGUGCACGGUGUGGAACUUUAUCGUACUGCAUGGAUCCAGUGGCAAGGGUGACACGUGGCGCCGGGACGCCUGGAAAAGCCGCGGAAAUGACGGAGAAGAUCGUCCUUAAGCCGGGAUCCUUGUAUCUACGGAACAGGACUCCUCGAGUUUCAAGCACCGCUGGUAUUACCCUGUUUACUAUCGUACUGGCCGUUCUUUCCAACGUUCAAAUCACACCGGCUGUCGAAGUAUUCACCAACUCGUUUCUCGUCAAGAUGAGACAACCAGCCGAGACUUUUGUCGCCGACAGCGUAGCCGCCAGAAACGGUUUCGUCAAUCUAGGACCGGUUCUGGGCAGCAAAACUGAGUACCACUUUGUCCAUCGGGCUCUCCCUCACGCCAGGACCAAGAGAUCCGUACCGCACACGAGAAGACUGAAGGUCGAUCCGAUGGUUCACACGGCCGUUCAGCAGUCUGGAUUCAAACGCGUGAAACGUGGCUACAAAUCCUUGAGUAUCGAGCAGUUGGUGCCGCUCCAGGAGAUGAAAAACUCGGGCAGUCAGGACCCGACCGAUCCCUAUUUUCAGUACCAAUGGUACCUGAAAAACACGGGUCAGAACGGAGGAAAGCCGAAGCUGGAUUUGAACGUCGAGGCGGCUUGGGCGCAGGGAGUUACGGGGAAAAACGUCACGACUGCCAUCAUGGACGACGGAGUGGAUUACAUGCACCUGGACUUGAAGUACAAUUAUAACGCAAAGGCGUCGUACGACUUCAGCAGCAACGAUCCGUAUCCGUAUCCCAGAUACACCGACGACUGGUUUAACAGUCACGGGACUCGAUGCGCCGGGGAAGUUGCGGCGGCUCGGGACAACGGAGUAUGCGGUGUUGGGGUGGCAUACGAUUCGAAAAUAGCCGGUAUCCGGAUGCUGGAUCAGCCUUACAUGACCGAUCUCAUAGAGGCGAACAGCAUGGGCCACGAGCCGAACCUGAUCGACAUUUACAGCGCAUCCUGGGGGCCGACGGACGACGGAAAAACCGUCGACGGACCCAGAAACGCGACGAUGCGGGCGAUCGUUAGGGGGGUUAACGAGGGUCGUAACGGAUUGGGGAACAUUUACGUCUGGGCGUCGGGAGACGGCGGCGAGGAGGACGAUUGCAACUGCGAUGGAUACGCGGCGAGCAUGUGGACCGUAAGCAUCAACAGCGCCAUCAACGACGGUCAAAACGCCCAUUACGACGAAAGCUGUUCGAGCACUCUGGCCUCCACUUUCAGCAACGGCGCCAAGGAUCCGAACACCGGUGUGGCGACGACUGACUUGUACGGAAAAUGCACAACCACUCACAGCGGUACUUCAGCGGCCGCACCUGAGGCAGCCGGAGUUUUCGCCCUGGCACUCGAGGCUAAUCCGCAACUGACUUGGCGGGAUAUCCAGCAUCUGACGGUGCUGACCUCAAAGCGGAAUUCUCUCUUCGACGCUAAGGGAAGAUUUCACUGGACGAUGAACGGCGUAGGUUUGGAAUUCAAUCACUUAUUUGGCUACGGUGUUCUCGACGCUGGAUCGAUGGUGGCGCUUGCCAAAAGGUGGAAGACGGUACCGCCUCGUUAUCACUGCGAGGCGGGAUCCGUUUUGAAUAUGCAAGAAGUGCCGAGCGAUCGAUCGAUCCUGUUGAAGAUCAAGACUGACGCAUGCGCGGGAACGGAUUACGCUGUGAAUUACCUGGAGCACGUACAGGCGGUGAUAACUGUGAACGCGACUCGUCGAGGUGACGUCGAACUGUUUUUGACGUCGCCGAUGGGAACAAGAUCGAUGAUUUUGAGCCGGAGAGUAAACGACGACGAUCAUCGAGACGGUUUCACCAAGUGGCCGUUCAUGACGACUCAUACCUGGGGCGAAUAUCCCCAGGGUACGUGGCUCUUGGAGGUGAGUUUCAGCUCAAAGGUACCGCAGCACGGUUGGAUAAAAGAGUGGACGUUGAUGCUUCACGGAACCCGAGAACCGCCGUACACGGGACUUCCGGCAGCCGAUCCUCACUCGAAAUUGGCGAUCGUUAAGAAGGCACACGAGGAGAGAUCGACCGGCAUAUAACGAUCAGGCGAAUUGGAUGAUAAACGACAAACGACGAAGCGGCAUUACAAGAGAGACCGAAAACAUUUUCCCCGACCCCAAUACAGCGGGGUUCACGGAACGUCGUUAAAA